UCAAGCCUUUGCCAUCCUUUCCCCUCCUGCCUCCGCUUCUUCUUAUCUCAUCACUUGUGCAUCCUGGGUUUCCUCUGGUCCUCCUCCUGCUCCCUCGCGCCCUCCGACUCGCCGGCGACGGGGGCGCGCUGCGCGCGCGCCUGGCCGAGCCAUGGAGGCAAUGGAGGCGGAGGUGGUCUCGGAUGACGAGGAUGUCCCCAAGCAGGAGGACGACGGCCAGGACGAGCUGGCGGUGCGUGCCCUGGAACACUUACGUGCUCAAGCGUUGGAGAAGGAACCAUCCACGCAGCAGAGCACAUCUCGAAAAAGGACUGUCCAGGACCGGGCCCUGGACGCCGCGCCCGCGCAGCCCACGGCCAAGAGGCGGAAGGUGCAGCAGGACGGCGCCUGGACGGGGUGCACGCCAGACUCGGGCGUUGCGUAA